CAGCGAUCUUCAUUCCAUUUGUUGUUGAGUUAGGGCGCCAACAAGGACCCACACGAGCAAACUCUAUACAAAGAUCGAGUUCACACAUAACCGCACAUUGUUCGAUUUCUAUUCGUUUGUUGGCCGGAAGAAUCCACUUAACUAACUGCCAAAAUGUGUGACGAUGAUGCGGGUGCUCUGGUCAUUGACAAUGGCUCUGGUAUGUGCAAGGCUGGCUUUGCCGGCGAUGAUGCACCCCGUGCCGUGUUCCCCUCGAUUGUCGGCCGACCACGCCAUCAGGGUGUGAUGGUGGGUAUGGGUCAGAAAGACUCCUAUGUGGGUGAUGAGGCGCAAAGCAAGAGAGGUAUUCUCACGUUGAAGUAUCCCAUUGAGCAUGGUAUCAUAACAAAUUGGGAUGACAUGGAGAAAAUCUGGCAUCACACCUUCUACAAUGAGUUGCGUGUCGCACCAGAAGAACAUCCAGUAUUAUUGACCGAAGCGCCACUCAAUCCAAAAGCGAAUCGUGAGAAGAUGACCCAAAUCAUGUUCGAGACAUUCAACUCGCCCGCCAUGUAUGUGGCCAUUCAGGCUGUGCUCUCCCUAUAUGCUUCCGGUCGUACCACCGGUAUUGUAUUGGACUCUGGUGAUGGUGUAUCGCACACUGUACCCAUCUACGAAGGUUUCGCUUUGCCACACGCCAUUUUGCGUCUGGACUUGGCCGGUCGCGAUUUGACCGACUACUUGAUGAAGAUCUUAACAGAACGUGGCUAUUCAUUCACCACCACUGCCGAGCGUGAAAUUGUGAGGGAUAUCAAGGAGAAAUUGUGCUAUGUUGCUUUGGACUUUGAACAGGAAAUGGCUACUGCCGCUGCAUCCACCUCGCUGGAGAAGUCUUACGAAUUGCCUGAUGGCCAAGUGAUCACCAUUGGUAAUGAGCGUUUCCGUUGCCCAGAAGCGUUGUUCCAGCCUUCCUUCUUGGGCAUGGAAUCGUGCGGUAUUCACGAGACUGUCUACAAUUCGAUCAUGAAGUGCGAUGUGGAUAUCCGUAAGGAUCUGUAUGCCAACUCCGUAUUGUCUGGUGGUACCACCAUGUACCCAGGUAUUGCCGAUCGUAUGCAGAAGGAAAUCACUGCUCUUGCACCAUCCACCAUCAAGAUCAAGAUCAUUGCACCACCUGAGAGAAAGUACUCCGUCUGGAUUGGUGGCUCCAUCUUGGCUUCGUUGUCCACCUUCCAACAGAUGUGGAUCUCCAAGCAGGAAUACGAUGAGUCCGGACCUGGUAUUGUGCACCGCAAAUGCUUCUAAGUCUUUUGAUUGUGAAAGAUGGUGAAAUGCGUUGAUGCAAACAUAUGCCAACAACAACAGCAGCAGCAACAUCAACAAUAACAACAACUCUGCAAAUAGCCAGCACAACUGCUCAGACUUCGUGCAACGAACACCAAUAACCAGCAUAACAAAUACCACUACGCAUUCGAGAACUGCAAUUACAACAACAAAAGAGGCAUUAAUAGCAACAACAAAAAUGAGAGUGCAUGCUAAUUCCAACAAAAGCAAAAACUACAGAUAUCAACAAGGUAAUGAGAAUUCAACAAAUGCAAUAAAUGGCGCUUCCAGUAGCGAAAGAGAAGGACACAAAAACAAAACCAAAUAUAUAAAGAAAGCAAUCUCUGAGGAAAUGCCCAUGAGCGCCAUCUAGCAAUUGAAUCGCUUUACGUUGCAUUUGCAUGUGAACAUUUUUAAUUAUAUUUCUUUUUCUGGAUUUUAUACAAUAAAAUGCGUGUAAAACUGAAA